AUCUCUAGUUUCCCCUCAUAUACUUGCUACUCUGCAUCAGUCGUUGAUGCUUCCGUAGACUGUAGAGGCGAUGUCGUCCAAAAUAGAGCUCUCCCUUUCCCGGCCCAACCGCAUCUACCGCCCCUCCGAGCCUCUUGAAGGCAAGAUCGUGGUGAAAUCUUCUUCUUCCAUUUCUCACAACGGAAUCCGCGUCGUCCUCAACGGAUCUGUCACCCUCCAGGUUCGAGGAGGUUCGGCUGGAGUUAUCGAGUCCUUAUAUGGUGUUCUCAAGCCAAUUAUAAUCCUGAAUAGGAUCAUCGAGAUUAAACCAGCUGGAAGAAUUGUUUCAGGUACAACAGAGAUACCAUUCGCUAUAACUCUGCGGAACCCUAAAGAAGAUAAUUCGGAAAGAUUUUAUGAAACCUUCCAUGGAACAAAUAUUAGCAUUCAGUAUUUGGCAACUGCAGAUAUGAUGAGAGGAUACCUGCAUAAAUCAUUAUCUGCUACAGUGGAAUUCAUAGUAGAAAGUGAUAAAGCUGAUCUUCUUAAUCAACCAAUUUCUCCCGAGAUGGUUAUCUUUUACAUUACUCAGGACACUCAAAGGCAUCCUAUACUUCCUGAACUGAAAUCAGGAAGAAUAUCCACCCAAUGUCCUAUGCUUGAACCUCUUGGUGGAGAACUAACCGUAGAAACAUCUGCACUUCCCAUUUCUUCUAUCGACAUUCACUUGCUUCGGGUAGAGUCGGUUCUUCUUGGCGAAAAAAUCAUCACUGAAUCUUCUUUGAUACAGACUACACAGAUCGCAGAUGGAGAUGUCUGCCGCAAUAUGACGAUGCCGAUAUACGUCGUAUUACCCCGUCUUUUGACAUGUCCAACGGUCUUAGCUGGUCCAUUCUCCAUCGAAUUCAAAGUUGCUGUAGUCAUCACCUUUCAGUCUGAAUUAUCCAGACUACAUCCAAAAUCGGAUCCACUAACUCCAAGAUUAUGGAUGGCAAUGGAAACUCUACCACUUGAACUUGUUCGAACAAGAUUUCGAGUUCAAGUCCUUUUAUAUGCAGAAAAUUCAUGCUGGAAGUCUCACCCAAAAACAGGUAUGUGACGUGGGUCGGUCUGAAUUAAUCAGAGCAAAACCCUUGA